AAUAAUAUUAUCUCUGUAUGUAUGCCUCCACAUUCUUUAUAUUUAUUACAAUUACUUAAUAUGGAUAUUUUUACUAUUUUUAAGUGCCGUUUUGGAUAUACUGUUAAGGAUUGGAUAUAUUAUGAUAUUAAUUAUAUUAAUAAAUAUGAUUUUCUUAUUAUACUACUAGUAAUACGCGCAAAGAUCUAUUCUAUAAGAAAUAUUAUGAAUAGCUUCUUUUAUACAAACAUUUUAUCUAGGCUGUCAUUUGGUUCGGUUCUGGUCCUGAGUUUCUGGACCAAACCCAAAAGUGGGUCGGUUCGGUUUGGUCUUUAAUAUUGGAACCAGAACUGAAAACUGAACGGUUCUGGC